AUGCACUUAUCGUACUCGGCAACAGCAUUGACGACUGUUUACUCGGCCCCUAUGAUUUUCGAUCGAAACGCGCAUUCUGUCCCAGCUGUCGUUCGCGUUGCCGACAUUCUGUGGGGCGCUGCUGGAAUGUCUGGCUUAUAUCCCGGCUCGUCUAUCGCACCGCCCACCUCAGUUUACUCUCUUCCACUUGAUCUGAUCGAUCGAGUUGGCGGGUGGGAUUGCGGUAGCGAGGCUAUUGGCGAAGAUCUACACAUGUACAUCAAGUGCUUCUUCGCUCUCAACGGUAACCUGACAAGUCGGGUUAUCUACAGCCCUAUUAGUCAGAGUAAUGUUACUGGUGGCGGCGGCCUUUUGAAAGAUGCCCGAGCCCGGUACAAGCAGGCUCUCCGUCACAUGUGGGGUGCUCUUGACACAGGUUUCGCUCUUUGUAAGCUUGUUCAGCUAUGGAAAGAUCGGAAGCAAACCUGUCGAGCCUACCAGCCGCUUCACUACACACUCUCAGACACCAACAACGCCGCCAUUCCCGAGACUUACAUGAAUGAUGAACAAAUUGAUCAUCCCUAUAUCGACAAUGGCAUCUUUUCUAGUAUUCAGAAGGAUACUGUCGAGCAACCUCAUUGGAAGCGGAUCUUCUACAUGAUGCAUCGCCUUUUUGAAGCCCAUUUUCUCCCAGUUCACAUGGCCAUUCUGGUUGUUGCUUCCGCACUGUACGUCAAGCUCACAGAAAACAACAAUGAUCCAAGGAACCUGGCUUGGAUUUUUAGCUGGUGUAACAUCAUCCGCAUCUAUGGUUUCUUUCAGAUUGCGAUAUACGUGUCUUUAUACGAGAGUUACCACCAGGCAGGAGUAUCGAGUCGCGAGAGGGAAAUGGUCAAGGCUGGUUUGGCUGAUGGGAUGGACUUUUCCAGGCGAUCUCUCAAGAAGAAUUGGCAUGAUUACCUUGCCGUUCCGAUUGUCGCUCCGUUAUAUGGUACCAUUCCCAGUGCCCAGGCUCUGGUCUGCCAGCUUUGGGGUCAGGAUCUGGUUUACACCGUGAGCAAGAAGGCUACUAGGCGACAGAUACCUGUCGUUAAAGUGGACGAUAUGGCGUAA